CACCGCCCACCCCACCCAAGCCUGUCUCCCCUCCUCUGCUCGCGCUGGGAGGAAUGGAGAGGAGGGGAGUGAGGAGAGAAAAACGAAUACAAAUCUGCAAUUGAUUUUCAUAAUGUUUCUGCGGUGUUUGCAAACCAAUCGCCUGAACGUCCCCAUCUUACCUAAGAGAGAACCCCUCCUACGUCUGCGAAGUGCUCCGAACUGAUAUAUGACAAUAUCUACUUUGGAUCACGUGCUCGGGGAGAGAGACUAAGACGGAUAACGCGUCAUCUCGCCUUCCCAAAUUUUCCCCCCUCGCUAGACCGGGUCCGAAACCUCCGCCCGGAGCCGGCGGCACAGGAGAACGAUGUUUAACUCGGUCAACCUGGGCAACUUCUGCUCGCCGUCGCGCAAGGACCGGGGCGCGGACUUCGGCGAGCGGGGGAGCUGCGCCUCCAACCUCUAUCUGCCCAGCUGCACUUACUACGUGCCCGAGUUCUCCACCGUCUCCUCCUUCCUGCCCCAGGCCCCUUCUCGCCAGAUCUCCUAUCCCUACUCGGCCCAAGUGCCCCCGGUCCGCGAGGUCUCCUACGGCCUGGAGCCCUCCGGCAAGUGGCACCACCGGAACAGCUACUCCUCCUGCUAUGCGGCGGCCGACGAGCUCAUGCACCGCGAGUGCCUGCCUCCGUCCACGGUCACCGAGAUCCUCAUGAAAAACGAAGGCUCCUACGGCGGCCACCACCACCCCAGCGCCCCGCACGCGGCCCCCGCCGGCUUCUACUCCUCCGUGAACAAGAACAGCGUCCUGCCCCAAGCCUUCGACCGCUUCUUCGACAACGCCUAUUGCGGCGGCGGCGGCGGCGGCGGCGGCGGCGACGCGCCCGCCGAGCCCCCCUGCUCGGGCAAGGGCGAGGCCAAAGGUGAGCCCGAGGCGCCCCCGGCCUCGGGACUGGCGCCCCGGGCGGACGCAGGCGCCGAGGCCGAGGCCGAGGAGGAGAACACGAAUCCCAGCUCGUCCGGGUCAGCCCACUCGGCGGCCAAGGAGCCGGCCAAGGGAGCCGCCCCCAGUAGACGCCCCCCGCACCCGCAAGAAGCGCUGUCCUUAUUCGAAAUUCCAGAUCCGGGAACUGGAGCGGGAGUUUUUCUUCAACGUGUAUAUCAACAAAGAGAAGCGGCUGCAGCUGUCGCGGAUGCUGAACCUGACGGACCGACAAGUGAAAAUUUGGUUUCAGAACAGAAGGAUGAAAGAAAAAAAACUGAGCAGAGACCGGCUGCAGUAUUUUUCGGGAAACCCGCUGCUGUAACCGCAAACCCGGCCCUUUUGCGCGGGGGGUGGGUGGGGAAGAGGGCACAAGAGGAAAUUAUUUUAUUUUAUUUUUAUUUUUUAUUUUCUAACUCGUCUUCUUUCCGCGGGGUGGAAAACCGGACUGUGGCCAGGGCUGGCCCCCGCUGCCCUUGUCGGCGCUGCCCCCGCGGAGCCGCCUUUGCGUCCGCCUGACCGUCGCUGCGGGACCCGGGCGGGCCUGGACAGGGGUGUUGAGCGUCCGACCCGCGGCCAAGACUCUUUAUUUAAACGAAAACACACCUCGCGACAACGUCUUGCUGCUGGGAUGGGGUGAGGGGAGGGGCGAGGGUCGUGGGCGGCGGAGCCUAGCAAUCCUUGGACUGAGAAAGCCUUCCCUUGCCCGGGUGGAAAGAUCCGCUGCGACACCUUGUCUGCGGGGGAGACCUGCCAGGCUCCCCGCCCCGUCCCCACCUUGCCCCGCUGCCGGGGGGCGGCUAAAUGUGAUCCUGCCUUGCUGUGAAUUUCCUGUACCUUCGACCUGGUGUUAGGUGUGCAAAGUCUGUGUCCUACCUCCGUGUGCGCCCUGGCCCCGCCCGAGCCUAGUUGUCCUCCCGUGACCGUGUAGAGAGAGCCCUCCUUUGAAAUUUCUGAACUGGUGCAUUGAGGUUUCCUAACCUUUCUCCAAGCAGCGCCCACUCCAUGGAUUUAUAGCUAGUCUAUGCAGUUGUCCUUUUUUUCUUUUUUUUUUUUUUUUUGGAAGAAAAAAAAAAAGAUUGGGAUGGAGGAGGCAGGAGAGAAAUGAGAUGGGCACCUCUUGCUCGCAGGUGGGGUGGGCUGUUUUUGUAAAUAAACCUCACAAGCCGUUCUUUCUACCUGGAGAGGGUGACGGGAGAGGACGUACAUCAGAUUGGAAUUACCCAUCUCUCUCCGUGUGAUUUUUUUUUUGAUGGCAAAUAAAGAUCUUUCAUUCUGUUCAAUAUUAUGAUUUUACUUUUAACCCCACUCCUUAAAAAAAAAAAAAAAAAACCCUCCAUGCUCCCAAGACGGUGGAGAAGGAGGAGGCGGCAGAGCCUGGGGCUGGCGGAGGCGAGGCAGGCCGGUGCUGGCUCCCUUGGAGCUGCCAGCCGCUGUCAGGGCCAAGAGUGUGACUGUGACGGUGGCUUCCUGCUCUUCGGCGGAGGACAUUCCACGGCUACUCUCAGGCUCCCCUUUCUCACGUGCAGCUCGAGCUGUGUCCAAAUACCCAGCACCGCUUUCCAUUUAAGCACAAGUUUGUUGUGCAGUUAAUUGUAACCAUCAUCAAAUUUAAAUUUAUAGGAAUUUUCUUGGCUCCACCGCCCUCCUGCCAGAUGUCUCCGUCUGUCGCAGUUAAAUGUGUAGGGUGGAGGGGUGAGGCUUUCGCUUUUUUUUUUUCUCUAUGAGAAGACUGUAUUGGAAUUUUUAUAUACAGUUUUGAAGGAAGGAGGGGAGAGGAGCAGAAGCUGGCCCCCUCCUGAGGAUGGAAAGGUGGGGCCAGGCCCCUUCCCCUUAGGCACAAAUGGCCAGGCUCCACCAGACACCACUGGACACCUAGGCUGGCCCGCCCUGAUGUCUGUCCAGGGGGUGUCCCAGAGCAGAGAGACCCAGAAAUUGGUUUCAUAGGGGCUGGCAUUGGGGAAACACUGGGGAAGGAGGUGGCCUGUGGGGACAGCGGCCGCCACACCCAGCUGGAUCUGCUGCAUGUUGCUUCUGUGUCCAGAGAGCCGCGGGGUCCUCUCAGUGCUGACUCUGGGGGCACUGGGUUCUUCUCUGUUCCAGGUUCAUGAUUUGGGGGAGGAAGUUGCGGACCCAUUUUCCCACCUUCCUCCCCUCUGUUCUGGUGUAAUUCCACGUGUGUCUGUCUGUCAAUACAGUUCUGUUGGACGCAA